AUGCACUGUGCGGCGCGGCGGCGCGGGCGGCGGGAUGGCUCCGGUCCGGGGGCGGGCGCUGAGCUGCGGCCCCCCGCGCUGCUACCGCCGCUGCUGCUGCUGCUAUUGCCGCUGCUGCUGCCCGACCCUGCCGCCGGCUUGGAGGUGCAGCGCAAGUUCCUCUCUCCCACUCCCACCAACAACUUCGCGCUGGACGGCCCCGGCUCUCGCGUCUACCUGGCGGCCGUCAACCGGCUCUUCCAGCUGUCGGGGGGCGAGCUGGCGCUGGAGGCGGAGGCGGCUGUGGGGCCGGUGCUGGACAGCCCGCUGUGCCACGCGCCGCAGCUGCCACAGGCCUCCUGCGAGCACCCCAGGGUGCUCACCAACAACUACAACAAGAUCCUGCAGCCGGACCCCGAGCAGGGCGUCCUCGUCGUCUGCGGCUCCAUCUACCAGGGCCUCUGUCAGCUGCGCAGCAUGGCCAACAUCUCGGCGGUGGCCGUGCGCUUCCCGCCGGGCGGCAGCGACUCUGUCACCGUCUUUCCCAGUAUGCUGAACGUGGCGGCCAACCACCCCAACGCCUCUACCGUGGGGCUUGUGCUGCGCCGUGGCGGCGGCGGCGGCGGGGCGCGGCUGCUGGUGGCCGCCACCUACACCGGCUUCGGCAGCCCCUUCUUUCCCCGCAACCGCAGCCUGGAGGACCACCGCUUCGAGAACACGCCCGAGAUCGCCAUCCGAGCCCUCAACGCCCGCGGCGACCUGGCCAAGCUCUUCACUUUCGACAUCAACCCCUCCGACGACAACAUCCUCAAGAUCAAGCAGGGCGACAAGGCGCGGCACAAGCUCAGCUUCGUCCGCGCCUUCCUGCAGCGCGGGGCCGCGCCGCGCGCCCGCCGCCCCUACGCCUACCUGGCGCUCAACAGCGAGGCGAACGCGGGCGACAAGGAGAGCCCGGCGCACAGCCUGCUGGCCCGCAUCUGCCUGGGCGAGCCGGCCGAGGCCACCCUCAACGGCAGCGGCGAGACCAAGAAGCUGACCGAGUCCUACAUCCAGCUGGGGCUGCGCUGCGGCGGCGCCGCCGACGCCUUCACCCGUCUCGUCUCGGUCUUCCCGGCGCGGGCGGCUUGGCGCAGCCCCGCCGCGCCCCCCGACCCCGGCCCGGCCCCGGCCCCGGCCCCGCCGGCCCCCGAGGAGCUGCUCUUCGGCGUCUUCGAGCGGGCCGGGGCCGGCGGCGCCGGGGGGCGGCCGCAGUCCGCGCUCUGCGUCUUCCGCUUCGCCGAGAUCGAGGAGACGAUCCGGGCCGCCCGCAACUCCUGCUUCGUCAGCCCCACUGCCGGCAUGGUCACCGUGCUGGACAGCGUGGUACAGGGCACCGGCCCGGCCUGCGAGAAGAGGAACAUACAGCUGCAGCCGGAGCAGCUGGACUGUGGAGCAGCACACCUCCAGCACCCGCUGGCCAUCGUGAACCCCAUCACAGCCACCCCCAUCUUCACUUACAGCGGCCUGACCGCGGUGGCGGUGGCCAGCGUCAACAACUACACUGUUGUGUUCCUGGGCACUGCCAGUGGAGGACUCCUGAAGAUUAACCUGGACACUACCAUGAAGGUUAUUAGCAGGAGAUCCAUUUCUGUGGCUUACGGAGAGCCUGUCCACCCCAUCAUGCAGUUUGACCCUUCUGAUCCCACCUAUCUUUACCUGAUGACUUCCUACCAGGUGAGAUUUUCAGUCCUCAUCAAAACAUGUGAUGCUUGUGGUGCCUCCUCUGACUCCUACUGCGGGUGGUGCACGAUGGAGACCAGGUGUUCUUUGCAGCAUGAGUGCACCAACUCCACAGGGGCCAACUUCUGGGCGAGUGUGAGUGAAGGAGUGCAGCAGUGCCCCUCCAUGACCAUCCUGGAGCCUGAGAUCAAUAUUGACAAAGAGAACCCGGCCCUGAUAAUACAAAUAAAUGGAACUAUCCCAAACCUGAAUGGAACAAAUAUUUCAUGUGACUAUGGAAACAACAUCCACACGGUAGCCAGAGUUGCUGGAGAUUACGUAAACCAAUUUAUUUAUUGCAGUUUGCUUCCACGUGAGAAAUAUCCAGCAUUUCCUGAUGACCAAGACCAUGUGGUUGUUGAAACUGCUCUCCGAGUCAACAGCAAAAACAUUAUCCAGGCCAAUUUCACCAUCUAUGAUUGCAAAAGGACUGGAAACAUUUACCCAAAGAGAGCGUGCACCAGCUGCCUCUCAGCCAGGUGGAAGUGUCAUUGGUGCCCCUCCACCUACACCUGCGUCUCCAACCACUCGCAGUGUGUCAGCGCGCUGCAGAUGAAGAAGAAAAUUGACUGUCCUCGAAUUGUACCUGCCCCUUUGGAGCCAAUGCCCACAGGAGUAUCUCGGGACAUCACGAUCUCACUGGCCAAUGCAACUUUCUCUAAGGAGACAGCUCUGGAGUGCCAUUUUGGGACAGACAGGACAUUUGAAGCCCGGUGGGUGAACUCCUCCGCUGUGGAGUGUGUACAUGUGCUGAUUGAGCCUCUGCAUGGGCCGCUGGAGGGGGGCACACUGCUGACCAUCCGUGGGAGGAACCUGGGCCGCCGCUUCAGCGACGUCCUCGCUGCUGUCCGGGUGGGCAGCGUGCACUGCGCCCCGCUGCCCGACAGAUACGUCGUCUCUGAGAUGAUCGUGUGCCAGACUGGAGAGGCUCAGGAGGCGUUCUCGGAUGUGGUAACGGUUAAUGUGAGCCGGGAAGGGAAGUCCAGGGAGCGAUACUCCUAUGUGCUUCCCCUGGUGCAGUCCAUAGCUCCCCCAAAUGGCCCGAAGGCUGGAGGAACCAGAGUGACCAUCAGAGGCAGCAGGCUGGAUGUCGGCUCGGAGCUCCGUGUCCUCAUCAACUCCUCCAAGCAGUGCACUGACCUCAGCCGCACCGACAGCACCAUCACCUGCACCAUGCCCGCCGCGGAGCUCACCACCCCUGUGCCAGUCUGCGUGCAGUUUGAGAACAAGUCUUGUGCCAGCCUCAACAUCACUUUCAAGUAUGAGAAGAACCCGGUUAUAUCAGACAUCAACCCCAAAAAGAGCCAGAUCAGUGGGGGCAGGAUCAUCACCCUGGAGGGAAGAGGCUUUGGGCUGGUCCAGAACGUGUCCAUGGCUGUCCGUGGCAUCGGCAGAGAACACACGUGCUGCAAGGUUCACACUGACACCACGAUCACCUGCCCCUCUCCAGCUGCCUCCAACAUCACUGUGGGGAGCAAACCUGCCCCCGUUGACUUCUACCUCAAUGGGCGCCUCUACGCAGAUGACCGCCCAGCUCUGGAUGAGGAGAUGUACCCUGAGGAGGCCCUGCACUUCAGCAAGUUCAGCCUGGAGUACUAUGCUGACCCGCAGUUCUCCACAGCCAAGAAGGAGAAGUGGAUCAAGCACCAUCCCGGCGAGCCCUUAACUCUGGUCAUACACAAAGAGCCUGACAGCCUGGGCCUGGAGAGCAAUGAGUACCAGGUGAAAAUCGGCCUGAUCUCAUGUGAGAUCCAGAUUGUUUCAGACAAAGUCAUCCACUGCUCCAUCAAUGAGUCGCUGAGCACCUCAGAAAGGCAGUUACCCGUGACGAUCCAAGUUGGAAAGUUCAACUACACAAUCGCGAUGCUGCACCUUGGGGGAGGAGAGACCGCAAUCAUUGUCUCCAUCGUCAUCUGCAGCAUCCUGCUGGUCCUUUCUGUUGUAGCACUCUUUGUGUUCUGCACAAAGAGCCGCAGAGCUGAGCGCUACUGGCAGAAAACCCUGCUCCAGAUGGAGGAGAUGGAGUCGCAGAUCCGGGAGGAAAUCCGCAAAGGUUUCGCGGAGCUGCAGACAGACAUGACCGACCUGACCAAGGAGCUGAACCGCAGCCAAGGGAUCCCCUUCCUGGAGUACAAGCACUUUGUCACCAGGACGUUCUUCCCCAAAUGUUCCUCUCUCUACGAGGAGUGCUACGUCCUCCCGUCCCAGCAGCUCAGCUCCCAGGUGGGCUCCCAGGUCCAGGAAACACAUCCGCUCCUGGUGGGGGAAUGGAAGAUCCCUGAGAACUGCAGACCCAACAUGGAAGAAGGAAUCUCACUGUUCUCCACCUUACUCAACAACAAGCACUUUCUCAUCGUGUUUGUCCAUGCUCUCGAGCAACAGAAGGACUUUGCUGUCAGAGACAGGUGUAACCUGGCGUCCCUGCUUACGAUUGCGCUGCAUGGGAAACUGGAGUAUUACACUAGCAUCAUGAAGGACCUCUUGGUAGAUCUAAUAGAUGCUUCAGCUUCCAAAAACCCCAAGCUGAUGCUGAGAAGAACGGAAUCGGUGGUGGAGAAGAUGCUCACCAACUGGAUGUCCAUCUGCAUGUACAGCUAUCUCAGAGAGACAGUUGGAGAGCCCUUCUUCCUGCUGAUCUGUGCCAUCAAACAGCAGAUUAACAAAGGUUCUAUUGAUGCCAUUACGGGAAAAGCCAGGUACACCCUCAACGAGGAGUGGCUGCUGAGGGAGAACAUUGAGGCAAAGCCAAGGAACCUCAACGUCUCCUUCCAAGGCUGUGGGAUGGACUCCCUGAGCGUCAGGGCCAUGGACACGGACACACUCAGCCAAGUGAAGGAGAAGAUUCUGGAGGCCUUCUGCAAGAAUGUCCCCUACUCCCAGUGGCCAAGGGUGGAAGAUGUUGACCUUGAGUGGUUUGCCACCAGCACCGACAGCUACAUCCUGCGGGACCUUGAUGACACCUCGGUGGUGGAGGAUGGCAGGAAGAAGCUCAACACGUUAGCACAUUACAAGAUCCCCGAAGGGGCGUCCCUGGCCAUGAGUUUGUCAGACAAGAAGGACACCACACUGAGCAGAGUGAAGGAUUUGGACACUGAGAAGUACUUUCACUUGGUUCUCCCAACUGAUGAAUCAGUGGAACAUAAGAGGUCCCACAGGCAGAGCCAUAGGAAGAAAGUCCUUCCAGAGAUCUACCUGACACGGCUGCUCUCCACCAAGGGCACACUCCAGAAGUUCCUGGAUGACUUGUUCAAAGCCAUUCUCAGUAUCCGAGAUGAUAAACCGCCUGUGGCCGUGAAGUAUUUUUUUGACUUCCUAGAGGAGCAAGCAGAGAAGAGAGGGAUCACAGACCCUGACACUCUGCACAUCUGGAAGACCAACAGCCUACCACUGAGGUUUUGGGUCAACAUCCUGAAAAACCCCCAGUUCGUCUUCGACAUUGACAAAACAGACCACAUCGAUGCCUGUCUGUCUGUGAUCGCCCAGGCCUUCAUCGACGCCUGCUCUCUCUCUGACCUGCAGCUGGGCAAGGACUCCCCGACCAACAAACUGCUGUAUGCCAAGGAGAUCCCCGAGUACAGGAAGAUAGUGCAGCGAUACUACAAGCAAAUCCACGACAUGUCCCCGCUGAGUGAGCAGGAGAUGAACGCCCACCUCGCAGAGGAGUCGCGGAAAUACCGGAAUGAGUUCAACACCAACGUUGCCAUGGCCGAGAUAUACAAAUAUGCCAAGAGAUACCGCUCACAGAUCGUGGCUGCCCUGGAUGCCAACCCCACAACGAAGCGCACCCAGCUCCAGCACAAAUUCGAACAAGUGAUUGCGCUGAUGGAGGAUAACAUCUACGAGUGCUGCAGUGAAGCCUAGGCCGGCUGCAGCCCUGGAAGUGACCUUUCUCGCAGCACAGUGCCACAGGGGACCUGCCUUCAGCUGCAGGCACACCGUGGUCAUCCUCAAACCAGCCUUGUGGUGGGGGUGGGCCUGACCAUGGCCGAAGGCCUUCCUCACAUCACAAGAAGCCACAAGACAUCUUUCAGAGCAGCUCAGACUCCUCUGGUAUGCACUGUGGCACCCAUAACUUAUUUGCUGUUGCCAGCCAGAAAUGGAGGUGUGACACUUGGGGCAAGCUCAGUUCACCACUUCCCUCUGGUCAGCGCCCGAGCAGUCAGUGCUCCCUGCAUCCCUGCGUGUGGCUCCUCAGGACAAGGGAUGGGGCUGCAGAGGCUGGAACAACAGACACAAAGCAGAAGGGUCACCUCGGGAAGUAAUGAGUAGACACCGCAUAGGCCAUCAGAGCAACGCCUGAGCUCCCUUCCACUCCAUCCCUCCAACAUCCUUGUUUUUCAAACACCAGGGACUCUUAUCAGCUGUUUGCUAUCUGCUGCAUUCUGUGUAUUUUUGUGCCUUUUAAUUUUGUACUGUAUGUGUAAGCAUAACUGCCCCUCCAUCUGAGACUUGGGCAACAUGGGGAACUUGGGGCUGAGACAAAGCAAUUGCUUCCCAAGCAGCUAAGGCAUGGUGAAAGCACUUUAUCCUUAACAGAGACAGCUGUUUGGGUGCCAGAGGGAGUGCAAUCCAUGUAAGACAGUGUGGGAAGGGCUGUUCCCCCUUCCCUGGGUUCUUGUCUCUCAUGCACAGCAAGCUGGAGGUGCAGUGGGUAGGCAAACAUCCCACGGCCCAACCGGCUGGUCGCAGGCACGGUCCUGUCUAGACCAGAUGCAGACAGAGGGUGAGGGAAAGACAGUGUCCCUUGCUCCCAGCCUCGCUGCACUGGCUCAACUUGUGUCUGUGGCACUGCCCCAGCUUGGCCCCAGUAAUGCCCUUCAUGCCAACAGGGCCAGGUCCUGCUGAGAACCCUGUGGCAGUGGCCUCGAGCCACACAGGGCAAACACCAGGUAGCAUUCUCUCUUUCUCUGCCUCUCCCCACAGCCAUCACUGAACACAAGGUCAGUGCUGCAGAGGAGUCUCCCAAAGCAGCUUGUUCUGCGUGCUUCAGGUCCAGCCCCCGUAUCUGAUACCGAAGAGCAGCCAAGAGAGGGGGCAUUGGCUGCAUGGCCAGCCUGUUUUCAGACCUUAAAGGCAGAGGGACUGGACCCACGUCCUGGCAGCCCAGCACUGAUGCAGGCCAGCAGAGCACCUCCAGCAUCCCGAGCUGCAGACUGAGGGAGAGAGUGUUCAAGGCUUAGGCUGGGGUCAGCGAGAGGGUCCCACUGGCAGACAAAUGGACUCAUCCGAGAUCAGAAACCCCAGUGCUGCCCUGUGGCAUUUGCACUGGGGCAACCCCCCAUCCCAGCUCGGUGGCCCCUUCUCCUUCCUGCAGCCUGGGGAGCUGUGACUGCUCUGGUCUCCAGUGUCACACGGGCCCCUCUGAAGAGGCUGGAUGCAGCCAGCGCCACGUGCUCGAAGCCAGCAUUCCUGCCUGGGCAAAGGCUCCUGCCCACAGGGCUGACCCACUGCAGAUGCCAUGGUUCAAACUGCCAAAUAGGAAAGGAACAAAGAAAAAAGUUACUACCUCACUGCAGGAGGGUGUAAGGGGAGCCUUUGUUAGUCGUCCAGCUGACAGUGAUGCAGCCUGGUAUUAGAUAACUGUUCACCAAAAGUCCUCCUGGGUGACUCUCUGCCAUGGACAGGUGGCCUCCCGUUUCCACUGUUUCCAGUAAUGCCACGUUUGUCAGAAACCGGAGUAUCAGAGUUGUGUAUGUGUACAUAGAUAUCUAUUUUAAAACAAAUGAUAGACUUUAUCCAGUAUGUUAAAAGGGGGUAAGGGAGGGAAGGGAAAGGGGAAGAACAGAGGGUUUUUUUAAAGAGAACUACAGAAAAAGUACUUACACUGUGGAGGUCUCAAUGUCUUUGCUGAGGAUGUGGCUUCAGAAUAUAAACUCUUAAGAAUGUAGCUGGGCUACAUUUUAUUUUGAAUUUUUUUUCUGUUAGAAACUGUGAAUAGCUGCCAGAGAUUUAGGCAGGCCCAGUACAGGGAAGGCAAGGGCAAGAAAGAGCAAGGGAGCAGAGAAUGUUGAGCUUGGUUGGAGGCAGGGAAAGGGUGAUGGAGCUAUAGCCCCAUGUUGUUUGUUAAAGGGAAAGGAUACAAGUGAGUCAAGAGCAAGCAGAGUUUGCCUCCAGGUGCUGUGACUGGGCUGUGUAUUGAGACUAUUGCUUUGUUAUUUAAUUUUUAUCAAAG